AUGGCAACUGAUGAGCACGGACUCAACCUGAAGAGGGAUGUUGGAAUCAUUGGGGCGGUGUCUUUCAUCGCGGGGACUAUGAUGGGUUCCGGUAUCUUCAUAUCACCCCAGUAUGUGAUCUAUACCAUUGGCAGUCCAGGAGCCAGUCUCAUUAUAUGGGCCUCGUGUGGCUUGAUAGCCAUGCUGGGGGGCCUCUGCUAUGCUGAGCUGGGAACGGUCAUCCCAGAGUCUGGCGGAGAAUAUAUCUACAUGCUGAGGACGGCAGGGAGGGUGGUGGCUUUCAUGUUUGUCUUCAGCUUUAUCACUGUCAUGAGACCAGCUAGCGCCACGGGAAUUGCACUCAGCUUUGCCGAAUAUGCCGUGGCUCCUUUUUAUGCUGGUUGCUCCCCUCCGCAGCUGGUGGUAAAGUGCGUGGCUGCCGUCGCUAUCAUUGUUCUGGCUGUGGUGAACUGUCAAAGCGCCCGCCUGGCCACCGCCAUCCAAGUGGUCUCCAUGUUCGUCAAAGUGCUGGCACUGGCAGUGAUAAUAGUGGGAGGAAUGGUUAUUCUCGUUGACAAAGGCACCGAGAACUUUGAGAACGCCUUUGAAGGAACCAAUUUUCGUGUCAGGUCCUUUGGCAUUGCUUUUUAUCAGGGCUUGUGGUCCUUUGACGGAUGGAACACUUUAAAUUAUUUGACUGAGGAGCUCAAACAUCCAGAAGUAAAUCUUCCGAGAGCAGUAAUCAUUGCCAUUUCGCUGGUGACUGGAUUGUAUCUUUUGGUGAAUGUCAGCUACCUGACUGUGAUGACGCCAAAAGAGCUAAUUUCUUCAAGUGCAGUGGCGGUCACUUGGGGGAACAAGGUGUUAGGAUCCUGGGGAUGGAUCAUGUCAAUAGCUGCAGCUUUGUCAGCCUUUGGCUCACUAAACGGGACAUUCUUCAGCGGCGGUCGAGUGUGCUUUGUUGCUGCACGUGAAGGACACAUGCCGGAUAUUCUGUCUAUGGCUCAUGUACACAGACUGACUCCAUCUCCAGCACUCAUUUUCACCACUAUAGUCUCCUUGCUGGUGCUCAUUCCCGGAGACUUUCAGAGUAUCGUCAACUUCUUCAGUUUCACUGCCUGGUUCUUCUAUGCCAUCACGCUGUCUGGGCUCCUCUACCUCAAGAUUAAGAAGCCUGAGCUCCCAAGGCCAUACAGGGUUCCCAUUAUCCUGCCUAUACUGGUAGUCAUCGCAGCAGUAUUCCUUGUGCUGGCGCCCAUCAUUGACAAUCCUCAGAUCGAAUACCUUUACGUGACUUUAUUUAUCUUCAGUGGGGCCAUCAUCUAUGUACCCUUCAUUCAUUACAAGCUAUGCCCAGGCUUGUUAACCAAGAUGACCAUAUUCCUGCAGCUGUUUUUACAGGUCGCCCCAGCAGAGAAAAACCUGUGA